AUGCCUGGUUUGAUAAAUCGACACACGCGGAAUCCUUUGCCGCUGCACAAUUGUAGGAUAACGGGCUGUGUAAAUGGUUACUCUGCGGGGAUCACUGCCUACCUCACAUACUGCAACGAUGAGGACCACUUGGUCGAUGGAUUAUACGUUAUGCCUACCACUGAGUUCAGUACUGUGGUGGCGUUUGAAGCCCAAGUUUACGGUAGAAAUUAUACCGCUUCCAUCCGUGAGAAGAGUAAAUGUGAAUGUGUUCUCAGCGAAACUCCCAGCAUCACUAGCGGCCACAUGUGCCUAAAUCAGGGGAAGUUUGUAAUCAAUGAAUUCGACGAGACUCGUGUAUUUGCAGCCACGGUUGGGACUAUUCCGCCGUUUGGUACUGUCACUCUAUUGAUCAGUGUUGUAUUCGAGUUAGAAAUAACAAAAGAUGGUGCUCUUCUUUUCAAACUUCCCUCUGUGUUUACACCUCGCUUCUCGCCCCCAAUCCUUCCAGACCAAACCAGCCUUAUCAGUUUCUCGUACACUGGACCAGAUGAACGUGCACAUGCAAACAGUUUGGGAAGCCUGCUUGAAAUUGCCACUGACAUACCUUUGAACACAAUUAAGUAUGAAUUUGAAUUUCAAUUGGAGAUCAAGGCCCCUGGCUUAUUGUCUGGCGUAUCGAGUUCAACUCACUCUAUCCGAGUUGACGCUGAUCCCUUAGCCGUUGAUGCCUCUGACGUAUUCGUCACCCUUGCGGAACCGCAUGAUUUCAAGAAAGACUUCAGAAUGAUGAUAUAUCUGGCAAAACCACACGAACCGUCAGUGGUAAUAGAACUUGGUGACAUGACUGGAACCGAGUACGUGGAAUUUCUGAAAACUACCGAAGAUUUUUCAAAUCUUGAUAACAAAGAAGACAAGACAAUAGACAAAGACAGAGUGACGAAGCUACGGAAUCGGCUUCAUCGAGACAUCAUGCACGUUCCUGUUAUCAUGCUCAAUUAUUCGCCGGAUUUCCGUGAACUUGAAGACACGUUAAAUAAAAAAUUCGAAGUGCCUAGUGAGUUUAUCUUUGUCAUCGAUCGGAGUGGAAGUAUGAGUGGUGCUAACAUUGCAAACGCGCGGGAAACGCUAAUGCUGUUCAUGAAGAGCUUGCCAAUGACUUGCCAAUUCAAUAUAAUCGGCUUCGGUUCCAGCUUCAAGCCUUUGUUUGAAUGCAGUCGCCCAUACACCCAGGUAACAAUUAGCGAAUGUAGUCAGUAUAUAACGAAGAUGAAAGCAGACAUGGGUGGCACUAAUUUAUUCUCACCCUUGGAGUGGAUUUACAAAAAGCCGAUUUGCCGUGGAUUCCCUCGCCACGUGUUUGUUCUAACGGAUGGCACAGUCAACAACGUACAACAGGUGAUUGAACUAGUCAAGAACAAUUCACAUAAUACAAGGUAA